GAAUAUACGCUAAACAAACAAUAACAUUACAUUCAGAUAAGAUAGUAGAGUCAACUUUACUAGUAUUUAAAGACCAUGCAUCCUUCCAAAAUAAAAGCAUUCAUAUGCGUCGUUUCAUUUUUAGUUACAUUUACAAUUAAAGAUGCCUUGUGUUUAAGGACUAUCGACCUAAAUGGACACUGGGCGGUAUCAUCAAAAAAUGUCAGUGUGCCAGGGACUGUUCCGGGUUCCAUGUUCACGGCUCUCAUGGCGGCUGGUGUCAUUGGCGACCCCUACUUUCGACGGAAUGACGAAGUGUAUGCCUGGGUCGGAGAUAUGGACUGGAAUUACACCCGAUCAUUUCAAGCAACGGCAGACCUGAUGUCUAACCCAACGGUAGUUUUGGUGUGUGAGGGUCUGGAUACGGUUGCCACGGUAACGGUCAAUAACGUCACUGUAGGAAAGACAGACAACAUGUUCAUCAGAUACGUGUUUGACGUCAAGUCAGCGUUAAAGCUCGGCGACAACGUCAUUACGAUUGCAUUCCGCUCGGCGACCCAGUAUGUUAAGGAGAUGGCUACCUCCAUGCCGUACGCCAUUCUCCCAACGUGCGUCCCGCACCAGUACCACGGCGCGUGUGGGGCAAACUUGAUCCGGAAGACGCAGUGUUCAUUCAGUUGGGACUGGGGACCGGCUUUUCCCACACAAGGAAUAUGGAAGGACAUUUACAUCCAAGGCUACCAGACGGCUGUUAUCAGAGACGUGACAACAGAAACCACAAGCAGCGACGGCUCCUGGCGCCUUAAGGUGGACGUAUUUAUGGAGCCGACAGCGGGCGGCCCCGUUCAAGGUCAACUUGAGGUCAAACUUGAUGGAACCCCGAUCGUAAGCUCGAAGUCCGUCACCCUCGACCAUGACCAUAGCAAAGUCUCAUUUGAUAUUUCGAUACCGAAGUCGGUUUCAAUCAACGAGUGGUGGCCAAACGGAUACGGGAACCAGACUCUCUACGAGCUGUUUGUUUUCUACACAGAUGCGCUGGGAACCAUGAACACACGCAAGCUAAAAAUAGGCUUCCGAACUGUGGAGCUCGUGCAAGAUUACGUCUCCGUCAAUAAGUCACUCGGUCGCACCUUCUACUUCCGGAUCAACGGACGGCCGGUGUUUCUCAAGGGCUCCAACUGGAUUCCUGCCGACAGUUUCCUGGAGCGCGUGACACGUGACCGGAUAUACACUUAUCUCAAAUCUGCCGCCGACGUUCAUAUGAACGCCAUGCGGGUUUGGGGUGGUGGGAUUUACGAGUUCGACAUGUUCUAUGAGAUUGCGGACGAGCUAGGAAUCAUGAUCUGGCAGGACUUCAUGUUCGCCUGCGCCAUGUACCCUGCCAACGACGCCUUCCUGGCGUCCGUUCGUAUUGAAGCCACGCAGCAGGUACGGCGCCUGAAACACCAUCCAUCCAUCAUCGCGCUGAGCGGCAAUAACGAGAAUGAGAAAGCCCUGGUACAGGACUGGUACGGGACGGACAUCAACUACACGCGAUACAAGAACGACUACCUCAAGCUUUAUGUUGACACAAUAAGGACGGUGGUGUUGGCGGAAGACAACAGUCGCCCAUUCCUGUCUUCCAGCCCCAGUAAUGGCAUGGAAACAGAAGAGGAAGGAUGGAUCGCCCGCAAGCCCUACGACACGCAUUAUGGCGACAUUCACGAGUACAUGUACCUGGUACCCUUCUACGACCCAAGUCAAUACCGUAUACCACGGCUGUCAUCGGAGUUUGGUCUACAGUCAUAUCCGAGCUAUGAGUCCCUGGAACCAGUCUAUAACCAGUCCGACAUGGACUACUGGUCCGAUUUGAACGAAUACAGGAAUCAUCACCCAUUUGGUAACAUUGAGAUGAUGGCGGAGGCAAUACAAUAUUUGAAUUUGCCGAACUGUCCAGACCGGAAACAACGUUUCAAAGAUAUAAUCUUUGUUACACAGAUAGACCAAGCUAUCGGUAUAAGGACCAUGACAGAGAACUAUCGGCGAUGGCAGAACCGACUCGAUGCCCAGGGACAGGGGAAUACAAUGGGGGCCCUCUACUGGAUGCUGGCUGAUAUUUGGCAGGCCCCGACUUGGGCCUCACUUGAAUACGGCGGUAAAUGGAAGAUGCUCCACUAUUACGCCGCUCAUUUCUUUGCCCCUACGCUCAUUUCUCCUUACGUUGACGGUGACGUUCUCGACGUGUACGUCAUCAUGGACGAACUAUCGGUAAAGGAGGUCCGGGAUCCUGUGAGUCACACCCUUUCCUUUCAGGCUAAGACAAACCCUCGGCCAUUCAGCCUGUUUGAUAUGAAUACUUGGGGAAGUCCCCAUACCGGAAGUGACGUCAAAUCCGGGGAUUUCUCUGGAAAUCUUUACAUUCAAAUGUUCACAUGGGACAGUUUUGUGAUGCUGAAAAUGUGGACUGUGCCAUUCCAGCUCAACAGUACCGCGCAGUCCGUGUUUCGUCGUGACGUUGACGUCAUGGUGGCGGAGAGCGGGUGUGGGCGACCCCGGAAGUGCUUCCUCGUGUUUCAUCUUGGAAACGAGACUUCCGAUCUCAUGAGCUGGCUGCCUCUUGACACCUUCAGCAACGCGGACGGACUCCGGAAGGCAAUUAUACGGAUAACUGACGUCAAACCCAGAACAGCAUCCCGAGAGUUCACAAUAUCCCUAACAACUGAUCACCCGGCCGCAUUUGUGUGGUUACAGGCCUAUGGAGUCAAAGGUCGUUUUUCCGAUAACGGGAUUCUCCUCUAUCAGCCAAAUAUGACAUUGACCUUUUACGCUUGGGAGGAUGUGGACGUGAACACUCUAAAAUCCUCACUGACUGUGAAGUCGCUUAUGGAUACCUAUUAUUAGAUAACAUAAUGGUCAUGGAUAUAAUGGUUUUAAUUUUUUUACCAACAUUAAGUUUGUCUGAGUUGUGUAUAUAAUGAUACAUAUUGCAAUAAAAUAAUAUUUUAGA